AAUGAUCACACGUUAGUAAUUUAGUAUGUCACCACGGGGCACUUUCUUGUGUAGUAGAAUUUGUCAAAGAUAUUUCUCUCAUUUUGUCUGAAUAACAUUUCUUCAUUACUUUUCUCUCUAACUGAUUGUGCAAUCUUCUGGGUUUGGGUUCAAGCGUUGUGCCAAGAUUUUAUCAUGUCUUCACCAAGCAAGAGACUAGAGUCGGAUUUUAUGAGAAUGUUAAUGAGUGAUUUCACUGUGGAGACGAUAAAUGAUGCAGUCAAUGAAUUCAAUGUGGUGUUUCAUGGUCCAAAAGAAAGUCCUUAUGAUGGCGGGGUGUGGAAAAUCCAUGUUAAGUUUCCGGAUUCUUAUCCUUUCAAGCCUCCUUCAAUUAGAUUCUUGAACAAAAUCUUUCAUCCAAAUAUUGAUGAGCACUCUGGCUCUGUUUGCUUGAAUGUAAUCAACCAAUCAUGGAGUCCUAUGUUUGAUCUUGUAAAUGUGUUUGAAAUGUUUCUUCCCCAGCUUCUGCUCUACCCAAAUCCUUCACAUCCCCUUAAUUCUGAAGCUGGUUACCUAAUGAUGAGGGACAAAAAGCGAUAUGAACAGAAAGUUAAAGAAUACUGCGAACAAUAUGCCAAGAAGGAGAAUAUUUUGGGCUCUUCUGUUGAAGAUGGAAGUGGUAGUGAGGAAGUCAGUGAGGAUGAAGAUUCAUCAAGUGACAAUGAAGCAGCAGGCACAGGUGAGGGGCAUGCAGAACCAUGAAAGGUGAUGAUACAUCAGACUGUCUUUUGCCUCAUCUUACUUGAAAUCUCGAAAGCAAUUGGCUGAUUUCUGAUUCUCAUGAAGAGGAGAUGAGAAAUAAAAUGUGUAUAAUGUCAAAUACUUCCCUUUUUUUUUGGCAAAUUUGUAUGAGCUAUCCUCAUGCUCUCUUUUUUAUGAUCAAUUGAUUGCUUCUUGUACAACAAUGGUUGAAUUUGCUUGCCUUGGUUUUUAAUAUUUUUGUGGAAAAACCUCAACCUGAUUAGACAUUAGGCAGGAAGUGCUUUGUAAAUAUCAGACUCUUUUAUUUAUUUGAUUGAUAAAUUUCAGUUGUAAUUAAUUGUACAUAACUAUCUUCAGAUCA